UAAUAGUCUGAUAAUAAUAAUAAUAAUAUUAACAAUCCAAUUAUUGAUGUCCAAAAACAAAAACAUUUCCCGUCCAACCCCAUUACGGGAGCUGACGUCACCGCCGGUCACAAUGCACGGCCAUCACCCUCAUCCAUAUCCUCUUUCCUUUCUCCUUCCAAUCCUACAAUUCCUUCUUUUCUCUUAUUACCCUACACUCCCCUCCCCCUCCGGAGCACUUUAGCACCCAAAACCACCACUCCCUACCAUGGACCCCAGCCCCUCCGCCGCCAUAACCCGGCCUCACCACGGUGGCCGCGAAGAUUGUUGGAGCGAUGGCGCCACUGGGACACUAGUCGAAGCCUGGGGUGACCGUUACAUAAAUCUUAACAGAGGUAACCUCCGUCAAAAAGACUGGAAAGAAGUCGCUGACGCCGUCAACAACCGUCAAAACGGCGUCAAACCUAGAAAGACCGACAUCCAGUGUAAAAACCGAAUCGACACGUUGAAGAAAAAAUACAAGAUCGAAAAAUCCAAGCCCCCUCCGUCGACUUGGCCGUUUUAUUAUCGUCUCGAUUCUCUCCUCGGCACUAACAGUAACGCUACUAACACUUUCAAGAAACCUACCUCCGUUACUUUCACGGUGAAGUCAAAGACAAAGCCUCAAAAUGAUGUUUAUCCAGGCUUGGCAAGUUGUGGGGAGAGCUCUUCUGACGACGACGAUAUGGCGUGGUUUGAUGAGAGAGUGAAAAAGAAACGGCAUAGAAUGGAGGAUGUAGAUUUAUCUGAUGGGGCUGCGUGUAGGGAAUUAGCGAGAGCGAUAUUGAAGUUUGGAGAGAUAUAUGAGAGAAUUGAGAGUUCGAAACAGCAGCAAAUGAUAGAGUUGGAGAAACAGAGAAUGGAGUUUACUAAAGAAGUUGAGUUUGAAAGAAUGAAUUUGUUUGUUGAUGCUCAAUUGGAGCUCAAAAAGAAGUCUUUCAGCCGCGAUAAAUUUGCUUCCAGUUCAGAAGACUCAAAUUUGACCGAUGUGUUUGGUGUCCGUGCUGGUGAUCGUAAUGGGCAAUGUUUCAUACCUGGAAGAAGUUGUAGUUGAUAUUGCUCAAAAAUCUAAUUUUCAAAAGGGGACUCCAGUGUGUAAAUCUCCAUGAAAGCCCUCCUUUGAUCUCUAGCUGAAGAGUGGAAGUCCUCGACCACAUCAUCCCGAGUCUGUCACAUCUUCAACUGAUUCAACUUUGAAGCUUUUAAAGAAUGAUCAUGACCAACCUCUGCCGUAUUCAUGGCUGUAACAUUAUUCUGCAUGCAUCAUAAGUUGUUAUGCUGAAGAUUUUCUGUACUUUGUAAUCUUCCAAACUGCAACCUGUGUCAUCUCCUUACAUUCUUAAGCAUCGUAUUCUCCAUUCAGUGAUAAAUAUAUGAUCAGCUUGUAUCUCAGCAAAGGCACUCCGUGCUGAUUGAGCUUGUCUCUCUUGCAAAUGAUGUUCAUGGGACACCAGAGGAUAAAAAGGGCAAUGAAUGAUUACCUAUUACUGUUCA